CUAGGAGGAAGGGUCCCCGGUGGGUGGAGCAGCCGGGGAGGGGCCGUGGGCUUCCCUCGGGCGACCCGCCACUGUGGUGACCCUGAGUUCUCUGCGAGCAUGGGCGGCGGAGCUCCAGAGAAACAAGAAGAAGCCCCCGGAAGUCGUCUCGUCUUGGCUGCACGCUCUGGGCUCGUUCCAGCAGAGGAAAAGAAAUAGGAAGUGACGUCUCGGCCCGGAGCAGGCCGGGCUCUGAGGACCUCACCCGAUCCGCUGCCGGCCCUGGCCCGGCGGAGCCGCCCCUGCGGUUUGGGGGGCGUCGUGCCACCCGCCGGACGGUCCCCGGCCCCGGGAUCCGCUCGCCGCUCGAGACAAUUUCAAAAGUCAGCAAGAACGGGGAGCCCCUGCGAUUAGCUUCCCCUGGGUCGGGGCCCACUGCCCGCAUUUAGACUCUCCGACCUUCCCUGAGCUCUGGCAGAUACUUUAAUAACCCAGUUCCAAGAAUACACUGGAAAACACCCUUGAAAAACUAAGAGGAAUCCAUGAAGAAAUGUUUUAAUUAUUAAAACCAUGGCUACAUCAGCAAAUCUGGACAUUGGGGCCCAGCUGAUCGUGGAAGAGUGUCCCAGCAGCUAUGGUCUCUCUGGCAUGCCAGACAUCAAAAUAGAGCACCAGCUGGACCCAAAUGCAGAAGAAGCGUCAGCUCAGGGUGUUGCCAUGGGAAUGAAAUUCAUAUUGCCAAACCGAUUUGAUAUGAACGUAUGUUCUCGAUUUGUGAAGUCCUUAAAUGAAGAGGAUAGUAAAAAUAUUCAAGAUCAAGUUAACUCUGACCUGGAGGUGGCGUCUGUCUUAUUUAAAGGUUGAAAGUUAUGCUGAGUGCAAUAUCCACACAUCUCCUUCUCCUGGAAUUCAAGUAAGGCAUGUCUACACCCCCUCUACAACAAAACAUUUCUCACCCAUAAAACAGUCAACUACCCUCACCAACAAGCACAGGGGAAAUGAAGUCUCUACUACACCUCUGUUAGCAAAUUCCUUGUCUGUUCACCAGUUGGCAGCUCAGGGAGAAAUGCUCUACCUGGCCACUCGUAUUGAACAAGAAAAUGUUAUCAAUCACACGGAUGAAGAAGGAUUCACUCCCCUGAUGUGGGCUGCGGCACACGGGCAAAUAGCUGUGGUGGAGUUCCUGCUUCAGAAUGGUGCAGAUCCCCAACUUUUAGGAAAAGGUCGAGAAAGUGCCCUGUCAUUGGCCUGUAGUAAAGGCUACACGGAUAUUGUCAAAAUGCUGCUUGACUGUGGAGUUGAUGUGAAUGAGUACGACUGGAACGGAGGGACACCUUUGCUUUAUGCUGUCCAUGGGAAUCACGUGAAGUGUGUAAAGAUGCUGUUAGAAAAUGGAGCUGACCCAACAAUGGAAACAGACUCUGGAUACAACUCUAUGGACCUAGCUGUAGCUUUGGGCUACAGAAGUGUCCAGCAGGUCAUUGAGUCACAUCUGCUGAAGCUGCUUCAGAACAUCAAGGAGUGACGCAGCGCUCAGAAGAUGCCAUCUGCCCUUCUCCUCACUCCUUGGUCCUUCUAAAUGAUAGUUUUGUUUACAUGUAAAUUUUUACCUCGGUUGCAAUAUUUGCUGGUUUUUAGUGAGUUUUAAUAAUUAUUCCUCUGGAUAAUUCACUGGUUUAUAAUGAAAUUAAUCCUGAUUUUUAAAAAUAAAUGUGUUUUACUAUAUAUUUAAAGUUAUAAAUUAAUGUUUUAUGGCAUGGAAACUUUUAUGGUACAGGUGGUUAUGUGUCUUUGUAUCAAGUACCACAGUUUGACACUUUGAGAAAUCAAUUCUACCUUGUUUAUCUUCAUUCCUGUAUUAACUCUUUGACUUUGCACAAGGCUCACUGUAAGUCUGGGGUGGCGGGGAGGGGAUAAUGUUCUUGUUGAAUUCAAAAGUACACAGUGUGAUGGUUUACAAAAUCAUGUUUAAAUAAAAUACUCUUUCUGUCUGUUUGCA